UCCCCCCUUCUGCCGGUUUUAGCUCAGAGGCGAAGGAUAAGAUCCUUACGGACGUGUAUGCGGCCAUCCCUGAGGAAUAUGUGAGGUCACUCCCCGGGAUUGUCUUGGGAUUCUUUGGGUCCAUUCAGUCUCUCGUCCUUGAUCUUUUCAUUCGCUGUGCUGAGAGUAGGAACUAUCGCUUUGAUAUGCAUAAUGAGAUGCUCAAGCACAAGGACCAGAUCGAGAAUCAUGAGCAAUAUGCUGAGAAGACGGCCAGAUUGAUCAACUUGGACGCAGACAAGAAGAUCAAAUCCAAGACGGAAGAUCUGAAGAAGGCCGAGGAGGACGCCGAGAAGUAUGAAGAGAAGUUGCUGGAGCAUGAGGGGCGGCUUGCCGUGCUGAGAAAGGAGUACUCUUCCGUCUCGGAGCGGGUGACUAAUUUCUCUUCCAAGGUGAACGUUCUUGAAGGUCAGCUCAAGGCCAUGCAGGGAAAGAUUAAGGCCGUGCGCAAGGAGGCUGCAAGCUCUUUCAAGUUGGGUGAGGAGUCCAUCUUGGAGAGUGCCCAAAAGGCGUGGGAUCAGUCUAUGGACGGGAAGGACUUUUCCUGGUUCAAACGCCGUAUCUCCCACCAGAUAGCCGUCUCGACGGCUAGGCGCCUAGGCUUUGAUCCCCCUGAGUUCGUCAGUGACGGGGAGGAGGACAUAGAGGAAGACGAGGUGAACUCCCCUGAAGGCCAAGACGUCCAGGACGGGAGUUCUAUUGCCCCUCAUCCUUGAGCGGCUUUUCUUGUAGUUGGUUUGAAUGACGCCGUGGGCGUUUGUAAUAACUUUGGUGCCUUUUGGCAUUUAUUUGAUUUGGUUUGUUUGCGCCUUGGGCGCUAUGUAUAAACAAUUCGUGCCGUUGUGCACUUUAUUUUAUUUUA